GCGUGCGUGUCCUCAGUGUGGCGUAGCGGCGCUCGUGCUACUUACUCCGAGUCACAACGAGCUGACGUCUCGCGGGCCGGAACAGCUACAUUACUGUAAAACGACCAAUUAUUCUACAAAAAAUACAACGACAAGCGCAUCGCGGCUGAGACGAAGGGAUGGAGUUCCCUGUGGAUGUGCUGGAAGCCACGAGUCAUGGGGAGCUGGAACGCUCGGCUCAUAUCUACAUGAAUGAGUUGCUUUACGCUGACCCUGACCACGCCCAUUACAUCACACUGCCUAGUGGAAAGGAGGUUCAGAUCAGCCUGUCCAGUGUGGGCUUUGCUCCUCUGUAUGGAGCCAAUCUCCAGCACAAAGUCCUGGCUCUGUUCUCCCCACAGGACCAGCUCACAGCUGUGGCUUUGUUUUUGGCCAAUCGGUGGUACUCUAUGGAAGAUAUCCUGAAAACAGCAAACUCCAAGCGAGACGGCCUCAUCAAGGUGAGAUCUGUGGGUGAGAGGAUCGUCCUGUACGUGUUGAACCGUAUUGUUUACCGCACUAACGAGAUGGGAAGUGGAGAGAUGCCCUUCCUGUGCCACGGUGAAAACGCCUAUGCCAAAAUCCUCUGGAAGAAUGGCCAAGCUGUGGGCUUCUUCUCAGUCAAACCAAAGGGUAGUGUUUGUAAUAACUCUUUGGGUCAGUGCUACUUCCUCCCCGUCAUGGACUCUAUUUUUGUAAGGAAAGCUCACCGGGGAAAAGGCUAUGGGCUGCAGAUGCUGGAGGAUUUUGUGGAUUCUUUUAAUGAGGAUGAACUUGGCCUGAAGUACCCUUUGUCUCCAGCUAUGACAAAUGUGUGUAGGAAUUAUCUGGACCGUUACCCGGCUGAUGUAGACCUGUUCUGGGAGGUAGAGAGUGUCGGUGGCCCUUACCAGAGGACCAGAGUGGCUUAUAAACUCAGCUCUAAACCACUGAACGUAGAUACUCAUAAAGGUGGCCAUGGUGAUGGCAGCGGGCAAAAUGGAGAUGUUGUGGAGGACGAGGUGGAAGAAUCAGAGGAGUCCUGUCUUAACGUUACAGAGGAAGUUAUUGUGGUCAACAAGCAUCAUAAAGUAACUGAAGAGUUAGACACACCAAUCUCCACACGCACCCGGAGCAGUGAGCACAGGAGGAGGAAGCGAGUCCAUGACGAAGAGGAGGCAAAGAGGGUGGAGAGCCGGCCAGAAAAAAUCAAUAGGAUGGAGAUAACAGAAGAGGAGAAGAAGGAAUUCAUCCCUAAUGAUGGUGUGGCAGCUCAAUCAAUGCCUGAGGAUUCUACUGAGAGCCCGACUGUGGAAGUCAACUGCAAGCAGGCUGAAGAUAAGCAGGAGGUUAAGGAGGGCGCAGAAGAGGAGGAUGAAUCCGCUAUCCAGAACGGCUCCGGCGGCGAGGAAAGAGAGGAGAUGGAGGUUGAGGAGGUGGCUGAGGAAAGCGAGGCUCCUGUACAAAAGGAUGACACUCAGACUAUGGACACUCUGGAGGAGCAAGCUGCAGAACUACAGGAAGCAGAUGCUGCUACUGAGAAUAACCAAGAAAUGGAAGUAGAUCCUAUGUCUCAUCUGCAACAUAGCGAGGAAGAUUCUCCUGCAGCUGAGAAGAAUGGGGUUGCUAUAAAUUUACAGAAAGACACAACAGCAGCUCCUGCAGAUAAGAAACCGGACAUUGCUCCUGCAGAUGAAGAGCAACAAGAAGUAGCUCCUGCUACUGAGGAGGAACAAGAAGUACCCCAUGCAGCUCAGGAGAAACAGGAAGCAGCUCCUGUUCCAGAGGGUAAACAAGAAGUAUCUCCUGCAAAUAUGGAAGAGGUAGUCGUAGCUCCUGUAUCUGAAGAGGAACAGGAAGGAGCUCCUGCAACUGAGAAGGAAGAUGUAGUAGCUUCUGUAGCUGAGGAAGUACAGGAAGAAGCUCCUGCAGCUAAAGGGAAACAAGAUGAAGUAGCUGUAGCUGUGGAGGAACAGGAAGGUGCUCUUUCAGUUGAUGGGGUGCAGGACGUAGCUCCAGAAGCUGCAGAAAAUGAAGUAGAUCCUGCAGUUGAGGAGGAACAGGAAGUAGCUCCUGAACUAGAGAAAAUCGAAGAUAAUGAAGUAGACCCUGAAGAUGAGAAACAGGAAGUAGAUCCUCCCACCGACGAGACGUCAUCUUCACUUGCCACUGAUUCUGAGGAUAUCUCGGAGGAGGCUGCGGAUGUAGUGUAUGAUAUCGAAGUAACUGCCUUAUCUGAUCAGUCUUCUAAAAAAGACGAGAGGCAGCCUUCUGGAGAAGAUGCUUUGACAUUGAUGCUCGAGGAAGAGGAGGCAGCUCAGAAAGAGGACGAGACGGAUGAGGAGGGAGAGGUAGAGGUAAAAAAUGUGAAAGAAGCUUCUGAUAUUUCAAGGGUUCUUCGGGGAGCCAGAACCAGAACGGUGCCUCCAACCUCCAAACGCACCUCCAAGAGACUGAGCAAGAUGACACUGGAGGACGAAGAGGAAGAACAUGGAGAGGCGAAAGUGGUAGAUGAAGACAAGGGAAUGAGCACAGAGGAAGAAAAGGUGACGACAGAGGAGGAGGAGGCGGAGCACAGUUCAGAGGAGGAGGAGCAAGUACAAGAUCCACCAGUGAUUGACAAGCGGGUGCUGAGGGGGAAAACCAAAGUGAUUCAGAUCACGCAGAGAACCAGAGGCAAGCGACGUGGCAAGAUGUGAACACACACAGUCACCACAUACACACUUGCUCACUGAAUGUCACUUAACUACACACAGUUGAAUAAUACACACACAAAAUAGUCUUCUCAAAGGAAAGGUUCUAAUACACAAAACAGCACAGAACAGCCACUAGUGACGUUUAAAGCUCGUGUGUGUGUGUGUGUGUGUGUGUGUACAGUAUAUACAGUCUAUAUAAACACACACAUGCACAACUAAGCUUAAACCUGAUGGGAUUUUAUAGUGCUGGAUUUUUAUAUUGAGGUUCGGGGUUACUAUGAUUCUCUGUCUUCAAACUGUUACUAAAGUUUUUGUUAACUCACUUUUUAUUACUGAAACAGCAGAAAAAAAAGCUAUUUUGUAUAAAAUAUUUCAGAUCUUCCGGUCCUUCCUAUACAAAACAAUCACUAUUAAAGCCAAUUUAGCAGUUAUGAAUAAUUCUUUAUACGACCGAUGUCUUGUUUCAGUACUGUUUUUAAAAAGCCCUCAUCAACUUCCCUUCUCCAUUAAACGAAAUAUUAUGGCACAUAAACCAUGCCAGUAAAUGCAACACUGCUUUUUUUUUAUUUUUUAUUUUUUUAUUCAUUUAUCACCUCUCUCUCUUUCCCAUUUAAAAGCCAAAGGAAUGGCGAACUCUGGAUUUUUGAGUGUAAAUGAGAGUAUGAAGGAAUUACGAUAAUAAAUGUAGACUUUAUUGAUUGGUUAGACGAUUGUGCAUUUUGCUUUUACAUGAGGACCAGUGAUCCGAAGUGAAAAUAUAACCCCUUGAUGAUGCAUAUAUUACUCAAAUGUGGCAAAUGUGUUGCAGUAAUGUCAUAAUAUUUUGUGUUUCUAUAUCACUGGCCUUAGUGUGAAAAAUAGUUAUUUUGCUGCAUCAAGAAAAGAAAUAUUUUUACCCUUUACAUCAGACAUUUGUUUGUUCAUUUUUCUUGUGUUCACCACAUGAGGGAGCUCUAUGGUUAAAACACACACACACACUCCAUAUCUUCCUACACACACCCCAAUGGCAUUUAUAGUAGAAACUGUUCUCACCGUGUGUUUGUCUGAACCUCAUGUUGGAUUUCUGUACCUUUCACCUAUGUUUCUUUACCUGCACUUUGAAAUAUCUGUUGUUUACAUCUGAAACUCAAUUUCCAAUACUGUACCCAAGUAAACAUUUCAACUCUGCCACCCUUUUACUGUAAAUCUAUCUAUCUUUUUUUUUUGUGAUCAUUUCUUUCCAAAUAUUCCUGUACCAUGAUACUGAUUUGUUUAAGCUGUGACUUUAUUUCUGUAGAAAAUAAAUCAUUCUUUAUAUACA